GAGUGCAUGCGACGACGCUUGCCUGCCAUUGUUACGAGCUAUAAGAAGGAGGUCGAUCGCACGUACGUACGGUUGAAGAGCAGUACUGCGCAUUAUUUACCCGAGAGUUGAGGCCUCCAGUACGUGUUGCCGACCCCUGUGUUUGCUCCGAUCCGGCACGCGAGGUAUAGAUGUCGACGAGAGGAGCUGACGAGACGACGAGGCACGGCCCGCCGCCGCCGCCGCCGGCGGUGGUGAAGAUCAUCGAGACGGUGCACAUCGAGGCGGACAGCGCCGAGUUCAAGUCCAUCGUGCAGAGGCUCACCGGGAAGGACGCGGUGGCCGGCGGACCGCGGCCAGAUCGAUCGUCAACUGGAAAGGCGGAUGCCGAUGAGGAUCAGGCUCAGGGUUUUGCCAGGAAAACCCCAUGAAAUUUUCUCCAAGUCGUCUCAAAUCGGUAGUACAUCUGACAAUGGAUAGCGUAAAAAGGAGACGACGACUUUCAUGUAAACCAAUAGUUCCAACGUGCCACACAUGUGCAGUUGCGGCCGUCCGGGUCAACCCAGUUUGCACGGUUGCUUUGCUUACCUGAAAAGCAUCGGUCAACUCGAAAAAGUCGUGUUAGCAUCCGUACAAUGUACACUAUCUACUGCAUUUACCAAUGUACUUUGUGGAUAUUUAUAUGAGGUCCAAAUACAGAGUAUAAAUACGAAGAUUAAUAUA